AUGAAAGUUUAGUUUUUAAUUGUCUUAACUGCCUAUUUGCUAAUCUUAACAAGCGCUUUUGACGAUAAUUGUGCUUUUCGUAUUGAUCAGUUGAAUAACAAAGUAUUAAAAACUGUUAUAAUCAAAGAUUGUAAAAAAUGCUUCACAUCAGAUGUUACAUUAACAAUAGAGUCAAAUAGUGAAUAAAUAACUUCUCUAAAAUUGACAGCCGUCGAAUCUAGCAGCUCUGUAUAAAGCGUAACUCUAUUACCAAUGUCUGAUUCUUUAACUAUUGAUCCUAGUCUUUAAUUAUAUUACCCUAGUCCUUCAGGUUAUACUUUUAGUAAUUUUAUAACCGCCUGCAGAACAAAAUAAAUUAAUGGAUAACUCACUUAUGAUUUAACUUUUAUGCCUAAAGUAAAUGGUAAAGACUAAACAUUUAUAUUAAAUAAUGGGUAUACUAGCAGCUUAUUACUUAAAAGUGUAGCUUAUGUCUCAAUGAUUAUUUGUAUAGUGUUAUUUUUCUGA